ACCACUCCAAGAAAGAAUAAAAUGGCGGACCUUUUCAAUCGAAAUAUUUGCAAGAAUAAUUAUUCUCAACCAAUCUAACCAAUCACAAUAGAAGCUAGCAGCUGUUGUUAGGGACACUUAACGUAAAAUCCCUUUGUCCAUUUGCUUGAUUGUUUUCUUGAAGCCUGUGAGGAUAAUAUUCCGAAGGUAGGUAUAAUACCAGUUUUAUUCUACAAAUUAAAGACUAUACUAAAUCAAUUUUAAUACUUAGACUACUCUUUAGUCUCUUAAUAAGGAUACAAUAUGACCUAUGAUGUGAUUGCAUAUUGAAUUGCAUAUAAGCUUGGUUAAGUUUUCUUGUUAAUUUUGUAUAAUUUGCAAAGAAACUAAUUUUUAACACGGUCAAUCUACAUAAUUGAGAGUUAAAGCUAAUAGUUCGUAGUAAAUGCCCUUUUUCUUCACCGUUCAAUACCCUCUAUUAACCUUAUAUUGUAAAGUGUAAUUAGCCUUACGUGUCCUUUUUGAAUAGCAAUUAACUGAAGCAGCGACGAAUAUCCUAGGUUUACUAACACGUAAAUUGUGUUUAGAACAAUAAAAUUGUUUAUUUGACCGUUUAUACAAUAAAAUCAAGCGGACAAGAAUUGUAUACUGGAUGACACAAGAUGGUUCAACGAAGCUCAGUUACUAAAACUAAGGUUAUGCGAAACAUUUAGUUAGAUUUCAAGCAAAUUAAGAUUACUUUUCUUAUCGGAAGUUGGUGACACUUGUAACUGAUCAACUCUUUUACUUGUUAGACAGCAUAUAUGUCAUUAAAAAACAUACAAACAAACAAACAAGAAAUGACUCUUGAGUACUAUUGUACAUGUAGGUACAGAAAGCUUUUUUGAGUCAGGCUGCAUUCUUAAGGUGUUUCGAUACAGUUUUUCGGCGGCCGUACCGAUAUUUUCAAUCGCCUUAAAAGUGGUUUUUCCUUGUCCAAUCGCUAUAAAAUUUUCAUCAAUAAUUGGCUAUGGAUUGAAAUUUGUGAGAAUGUAGUUUUAAGUAAAAUCGAUAUUACUAUGACAACAAUAAACAAAAAACUUUGAAAUUGAUAAAAGCCAAAUUUUGUGUGAUCUAGACCAGCUACUGAAAAUCCAACACUAGGAACUUAAAGUUUGGUGUUUAACAAACAAUCUCUGUGAGAUAAGUAAAAAAUUCUGUAUGUUUGAAUAAGACUAAAACAAAAAUAUAUUUCAGAUCUUAAGUUUUCAAUAGCUGUGAUAGAUUAUUUAAUAAAAACAUUAUAAAUGACUCACAUUAUUCUUAAGUAGCGUCAGAAUGCUGCUUAAUAUCAUAUUUUGAUGCUAGGAAAUUUUGGUGUAUUUUCAUUCUUGCAAUCUUGAAAACUAAUCCGUUUUCUCACCACCUGUAUAAGUGCAACUUCAUUCAAAAUUUGGACUCUCUGAAAUGACUAAAAUGAAUUUUUUUAAAAUCUCUUCACAUAAUCUUCAUGAUGUAUAUAAUAAGAUCUGAAACUUUCGUAGAGGUUGAUUCAAAAAUCUGCGCUAAAACAUUCACUGUUUUGAUGUUAUGCUAAUUUUUCCAGAUUAAUGCAGCAGUAGCAGAGGCUACUGUAAGGUCACGUUUCACACUAUCACAAGCAAUAAUGAGUCUUGUUUAGCCUGCCAACAGUAUUUUAAACUUCAGAUGUUUUCCUUAGCAAGCUGAGCCAAUAACAAAAUGUGUUCUAAUUUGAAAACAUGAUAACCAAUCAGAAAACACCUGCCAUAUUCACAAUAGUAGGUGACGUCACUAGACAACAUUUUAAUGCUUGGAAUCAUUCAGACUUAUCCCCCAUACCCCCGCCCCCCCCCACAGAUUAAGGGGUGGAGACCUAAAAAUGAGGGGGAAGGUGGGAUGAGGACCCCCCUACCUCCAGAGCCUCUUCAAAGCUUAAAAGAACUGAUGCAUAACUCAUAUGAAGAUUUUUGCUUUCAACAUUUUGUCCACAGACUCAAACAGUAGAUAAUGUUAUAAAUAAGUGGAAUAUGAUUGUCUAGGUGGUUAUCUAGUCCUUUAUAGGAAUGUUGUUGACAGUUAGUGAUGUUUUGACAUACUGUGUAGUAGUCAUCAUCAAAUUUAAAGUGAAUUGUAUCUCGUUAGUCGACAGCAUUAAACUCUGUCUAUUGACGUGAUUGGUCAAACAGUAGCUCAGCCAAUAAUAAUUAUUGUGCCUAGUCCCCUCUCUCCCAAGCAUUUGUCUAGUGUUGUGUUCCCAUGGUGGAGCAUUUGUUGUCAAAGGUCUGCCCUGGGUUGGGGAAUUUGUCAUUUAUGAAUUAAUUUUAUUAUUUUCCACAUACUUUAAAAAAGAAUGCUAUGGCAUAUAAAAAAUAUAGGCACAAGCUUAAUAAAAUAAGCUUAUUGCUUUUACCAAAAACUACCAGAACAUUAAGAUAUUUUGAAGAGAAGAGCACUCUGUUGUCUAGAGGGCUUUUGGAAGUACUGGAAACAAUUUUGAAGAGUGCAUGGCAAAUCUACUACCUUUGAAACAAAGAAGAACAUGGACUGAAUUAACUUUUGCAAAGUGUUCUGGGCCUGUUACCAGUGAUAGGGAAAAAUUUGGCCAUUGGCUAUAAGCAGUGCAUACUCAGUAACAAUCCUGGGAACAAUAAUGUGACACAUUUUGGCUCCUGUCCCCUUGUUGUUUCUUAAGUGGCAAAAAAACCAACUGUAUAAUAUAUGCAAAAGGUUGAGUUUGAUCGUCCGGGUGAACGUAGUCCUGAAUAGGACUGUUGUUGUUGACAGUGACUGACGUUUCGACAACCUGUGCGGUAGUCAUCUUCAGAGUCAAAGUGAGUUGUAUCACGUCAGUUGAUGGUAUUAUACUCUAGUUAUUGAUCUGAUUGGUCAAUUAUGUCGCGAUGUUAUUGGUCGUCUGUCAGUUAAGCCAUGGUGUUAUUGGCUCUGAAGACUUGUAAUCAGUGAUUGGUGUGUUUCGAUCUGUCUAUUGUCACAGUUAAACAGUCGUCUAUUGUUAGUCAAAUUUUCAGUUCUCCAGUUGUUCUCUCGUAGUUAGUUUUGCUUGAUCUCGUCAAUAAGUCGUUUGUACGGCGCUGGUAACUGUUGGCUACGUUUCAGUGGCUUUUGUUCUAAGUUAGUAAACCAGCUUCCUAAAGUAAGAUGUUGAUAGUAGUCUGUAGAAUACGUUAUACAUGUCGCAGAGUCCCAGUCAAUUUGAUGUUUCGUCUUUAAAUGAUGCUCAGCAAUGUGAUUGUUGAUGUCACCAUUCCUCGUUGCGCGUUUGUGUUCGGUCAGUCGCGUACUUAGGUUUCUGCCGGUUUCACCAAUGUAAGAAGCCUGGCAGUCGCAGCAUUUGAUCACAGUAACACUGAUUCCAACUCUCAGACCAACUUUGGCCCUGUUACGACAGCGACUAUACCGUACAUCAGAAGCACCUCUGAAACUAUUGCACGUAUAUGACAACCUUACAAUAUACGUGUUGCGCACGACUGCUUACUAAUGUCAAGGACAAAGACAAACCGGAGGACAGACAGGGAGCAGUAUACAAGAUCAAAUGCUGCGACUGCCAGGCUUCUUACAUUCAUUGGUGAAACCGGCAGAAACCUAAGCACGCGACUGACCGAACACAAACACGCAACAAGGAAUGUUUUCUACAGACUACUAUCAAUGUCUUACUUUAGAACUUAGAACAAAAGCCACUGAAUCAUAGCCAACAGUUACCAGCGCCGUACAAACGACUCAGUCACUGUCAACAACAACAGUCCUAUUCAGGACUACGUUCUCCCGGAUGUUCAAACUCAACCUUUUGAAGUGACUCCUGGGUUCAAACCUUUCACAGUUGUAUAUAUGCACUUGUCUUUCAAAUAUUUCCUCACCAUGGUAAAAUUUUGCAUUCUUAAGACAUUCGUCUUCAGGGUCUGUUCAAAUCGGGAACACCUUGAAAUACAAUUAUUCUAUAUUGUAGUUGGUUUUUGUUACAUUAUUUUACAUUAAGAACGUUGUUGUCAAUUCUGCAGCCUUACUAGUGAAGUUAAUAGAGUUUUGUUCAUUUGUGCCCUGCAUGAAUUUGUGAUGCCUCUUGUAAAGAAACAUACUAUUUCCCUUAUCCCCAGGGUGGGGCAUUUGCACUUAUUCCCCCCUCAGAGGGUUUAAUUUAAGAAUCUUCAGGGGCGUGGAGAGACUUAUAGGCAUGCUUGGAAUUGAUGGAUCUUCUUAGUCAUGUUCUUAUUGGUGGUUUGUUUGUGGGCGGUGAUGUUAUUGGCUUUGAAGUCUCUAAAAUAUUGUGAAUAAGGUGUAUUAAUCUGUCAUUUACCAAAAAAAACUUCUGUCUCGGAAUGUAUUGUUAUUCUUCUGUAAGCCCAUUGGUCAAGUUUGUCCGGGUGGCCCCAAUAUUACAGCAGUUGCACUCUACAGCAGUUGUAGUUUCAGUUGUAGCAACACAGCCAAAUAAUCCCCAAACAGGUAUCAGACUGCAUACAAUUCCAUUCUGGGGUUAAAGGCUUUUUUGAAUUUAUCCACUUUUUCUCUUCUCUUCUUUUUCUUCCCGGCCAUAUGCAUAUGAGUACUCUGCAAAUGGUCUCCACAGCAUGGUACCCAGAUCUCACAAAUGUUCUGUAAUGGGUCAUAAGAGACCUAACUUUAAUCAGUUGUAGAAAUGUGGAGAUUUUAUCUGUCACAAUAUUUUUUUUACCCAAGUCACCAGGACAAUAUUAGAAGAUUUUGUUUUGCUAAAACCAUUUUGGGGGGCUAGUUGCACUGUAACUAUGAAACCUUUCUUAGUGCAGACAAGUUAUCAUCAGAAGGAAACAACAAAAUGGACAAGAAAACUGCACCAGAAAAGGUAGAGAAGAGUCAGUCCAGUCUGUUGAACAGGUUCUUCCAGUUUAUGACAGCACCAACCGAUCCAUCAAAUCUUGCUGUGAUAAGAAUCUUAUUUGGUAAGGUUGUUUUGACCAUUAACGUAUAAUUUUUACCAAAGUAAAAUGUCAUUUAUUAACUAGCAGACUUGUACGGUCCAGUUGCUAUUAGUGAGUUUACGCAACCGGACGGCAAAAAGAAGAGAAUGGCAAAACGUUUGAGUGUGACAAAUGUUUACAGGGCUAUUACUGGUACUUGCGUCUUUUGUCAGGAAUUCACUUAACUUUGAUGUUUAUUGCUCUUCUACAAAAAGAUCUGUUUAAAGGAAUGUGAAGUUUGGUGGAAGGUUUUUUCAAACAAAAUUAUUGUCAUGCUUGUCACACAAGGUUUGCCGUCAUCUUUCCUCUCCUUUCCUGUUGCAUAAGUUCACUAUUGAUUUGUAUUUUGGGAGUGAGUAAAGAUUGAGGUUAGAUUGAAGCAACUGACUUAUCUCUCUUCACAAUCCUCUUCACUUCCGAAAUCAGAUAAUGAUUACCACUUUGGAAAACUCUGAUAUAAAUAUGUAACAUUUGCAUUGUGUUUGAAAAGACAUUAACAGCAAAACUGUUCUCUACUGCAUAUAACAACAACCUAAACUGUAUGACUUGUGAUUAAUGUUUGCUGUUGUACCUCAGUAGAGUUAACACUUUGGUUCAGGUAACCAUAAUCUGCUUCACCUCAACAGUCAGGAGCACCCAACGUCAAUUUUUGGAAAAUAUCUGUUCAAAAGGCGAUUUGAGAUCUAGAAUUUUCAGAACAUUUGUUGUAAAAUUUCUGGCUUGCUUGCCUCUCCUAGGAUUUUUGAACAUCUAAGAAAUGGUAUAAGUGCCCAUUUUUAACGGAUUUUUACCCUGAAAAGGUCACAUAGAAUUUUCGGGAGCCUUUUUCCAGCUGAAAUUUUCGAAAAAAAUAAGUUUUGAUCCUUAUAAUUUUCGGAUCACUAGACUUUCAGCUGGGAAAUCCGAAUAAAUGAAACAUUUUUAGGGGAUUAAAAUAUUCCUACAUCUACCAUUUAAAUACUAAAAUACGUUCAACAAUGCUAUGUUUAAGUGGUCUUAAUUAUUCUUGUUGGGUGCCCCUGAACAGUGCUACCAUCCUUAGAAUAGAUUGGAAGAUACUGUUUAGUGUAUAACGAAUUACCGGUAUUAAAAACUAAAUAACUGGAUAAUGAUUGGCGUAGCCAUCAUGGUAGAUAAGCCAUUAUACCAUGCUCUCCAAAUACUGGUAACUGUAUGCAUCUGCUGAAAAUCAGUUGUUUUUACAAAUAAAGUAUUACAUUCCACUCGCACUUGUUGGGUAUGAGAUGAUUAUAGCCAACUUGGCACUAUGCGCCUCAUUGGCUAUCUACCAUCUCAUAUCCAACAUGCACUCAUGGAGUAAUUUUUAAUUAUCACUCUAAUUUUUAUCUUGCAGGUCUACUUAUGAUUCUCGACAUUCCUCAAGAGCGCAGUUUGCUGUUCAUUCAUAAACAUUUUGGUGAUGAUACCUGCCAUUUUCCAUUGUUCAAUUUCAUUCAGCCACUGCCUGUAGACUGGAUGCAUGUUGUUUAUCUGAUAAUGUUCCUAGGAGCUUGUGGAAUUUUUCUUGGAUUCAUGUUUCGCCUGAGCUGCUUUUCGUUCAUGAUAACAUACUGGUAUAUUUUUCUGUUGGAGAAGUGUCGAUGGAAUAACCAUUCUUAUCUCUACGGACUGAUAUCUUUUAUGCUUCUUCUGAGUGAUGCCAAUCGUUACUGGUAAAUCAGAUACUUAUUCCCUAUCUCCAUUAUCGCAAUUUUAGCAAAAAAAAAACGAUUCACAAGAAAGUCAAGAAAAUUUUGUCACACACCAGAAUAAUCACUAUGAUACCCCUAUUUAAAAGUCAAGUUCGGAUGGGGGUGGGGGGGGGGGCAGGAGUUUCCCCCGUGACCAUGACCACUACCCCCAGGUUGUCUUGGUUAAAGCCUUGACUUUAAUUACUAUUAGACUUCGAGCACUGACCCUUUUAUUCAGAUCAGUGGGCCUCACAACCAGCUGAUUUAUGAUUUAUAAAAGAUAAGCCAUAAAAAAUGAAGAUUCUUACAUGCUGUAAUAAUGAGUAAUAAGGUUUAUUUUCGUUUCAUUCCAAGGUCUCUAGAUGGACUUUUCAAUCCAGAAAUAAAGAAUGCUCAUGUACCAAAAUGGAACUAUGUUCUGCUGCGUUUUCAGGUAUUUUUUUUGGUAUAUUCUACAGAUACAAAUGCCUCUUAGCAAACAAGUUGAAGCUCUGUGUUGUUAGUUAAAAUAUACAGCAAAACCAAUGGGAAGGAAUUCCGCAUUAAUUACAACUUAAAUUGUAACUCUAAAAACGUGGUUUAACUUAUUACUUGUAGGGUAUGUGGCAUUCAAUAUGUUGGAUCCACUACCACUACUUUUCGGUCUAGGUUCAAUAAUCACAGAAGUAGGAUCAAUGCCCAUCUCAAGUUGUCUUCUGAAAAUAAGAGGAAUGACGAUUUUCUUUACCAGCAUUUUCAUAGUUCGGGACACUUAGGAUUAAGCCAUUUAACUAUACAGUUAAUAGACAGAGCCAUGGGGGAGAGGGAGUUGCGGAAGAAGGAGGGACAGUGGAUGUAUAGAUUGAGAACGUUGCACCCUCAAGGACUUAAUGAGGAUGAUGGUUUUUACGCCCAGAACCGCAAGACGCGCGCGGGCGCGCGCAGGAGAUGAUAGUGUCAUCUAUGACAUUUUCCGUUAGACGUUUAAAAUAACAGUCAUUUCAGUUGUGAUGCGCGCGCGUUACCUUCGCAAUUCAGCAAUUUAAAAGUUCUGUACGUUAACGGCUAGUUAGUCACCCUGAAGAAGAUCACUGAAUGUGAUCGAAAUAUAGGUGGAUUGAAAGGAAACUGUUUUCUGUCUUCAUUUGUGAUUAAGAUAUAUAUAUAUAUAUAUAUAAAAUAGUUGGUUGCUACCCACACGCUUUUUUUCCCUUGAAUGUUUGGGAUUUCUGGGCUAUUAAUCAAAAGUAAAGCGAAUUCCCAUAGCAAGUUACCGAGAUCUUCAUUAUAUCACUGGGCAGUGGUCAUCUGCCGCAAAGAAUACAAAAGUGGGCUUUGUGACAUAGACGGGACCACUAAUGGACCACCACAACUGUACUAACUGUUUGAUUAGCAGGUUCAUUAGUGAUAAAUUAUUUGCUGGUGGAAAAAUAGUGAAUGUGAAAAGUCUUAAGUCUUUUUAACAAGUUUCAUUUUCCCUGAUGACUUUCGGGCUUUUUUCAUUAUUCAAGGGUUUAUUUUUUCUUCGUGUUCUACCGUCGCGCGUGUCUUGCUUUCCUCGGUUGCCUCGAGCUUGCCUUAGUCUGCUACACGGCCUCUUUUAGUGUCGUCACGCAACGCUCCUCCCCACUAACUUAACUAACUAACUUAGUGGGGUUGAGCGUUGCGUGACGAUACUAAGAACGGCUGUGUAGCAGACUAAGCUUGCCUUCGGUCGUCUGAAAAAUGCGAAAUGAUAACGCCUGUUUUGCAGGCUAUCUCUUCUCCCGCAAAAAUGUCGCUUGCUUGUCUUAAAGAAAAAAAUCCAUUUUACUCUGAGAAAGAUCAGAGACUGAACUUGUCCUUAUGCUUUGCGCCCAGUUCGUCUUUUGAAAUUGACCUUUUUUUUUUCCUAUCUCAGAUUUUCCUUGUAUAUUUCUAUGCUGGCAUUAAGAAGAUCGAUAUGGACUGGAUGACAGGCUAUUCCAUGACUGGCCUUUCUCGCGAAUGGGUCUUUGAUCCCUUUCGUUUGUUUCUUUCUGACGAAACAAUUGACUUGUUUCUAGUUCAUAUUGGCGGAUUAGCAUUCGAUCUCUCAGAGGGUUUUCUUCUUGCUUUCGACAAGACCCGUCCUAUUGGAAUAUUUUUUGGUGCUAUGUUCCAUGGUAUGAAUUCACAGAUGUUUGAGAUUGGUAUGUUUCCAUACGCCAUGAUGGCUACCUUGCCUCUGUUUUGCGCUUGCAACUGGCCAAAGAAGGUUUUAUCCUUUCUACCUACCUUCAUGGCUAGGAUUCUACCAUCGCUGGAUGAUCCUCAAACUAGUACACACUGUGUAUAUCCAGUAUCCACCGUGAGUGAAGAUAAAAAGCAGCUUGAUAGAGAGAAAACAGCAGAGAAAAAUCAAACCCCCGGAACAAAACACAAAGCUCUUGUGUUAAUUGUACUAACUUACAUAGGAAUACAGCUCUUCCUUCCAUAUUCACACUUCAUAACUAAGGUAAUUUUCUCCUUUAUUUCAGUCAUAGCAUCUUAAGUUUACUCUGAUGACACUAGUAUAUUUCUACAGACUGUUUCUCCAUCAAAAGUAACCCUAAGGUCCCGUUCAUAUGUAGAAAACUUUUCCCGGGUAGAAGAAGUAGAGGGCUUACUCGCCUACCCGCGUUAACCCUGAGCCAACUUUUCCCAUCUUUCGUCACAAAAUUUGUCAACCAUCCACAUGAGGAACAAAUAGUUGGCUCUGCCAGAACUUGAGGGUAACCGGAUCACCCUUUUUCGAAGGUAGGGUCACCCUCUUAGUGGGGCCACUUUUUUCCAUAUAAACACUUUGGCUCAACCAGCCAAGUCAACUCAGUCAAGGUGAGACAAUCAGAGCUUGUGUGAGCGCUGUUGUCAGCUCUUGGCUCCGGUAAAGGGGUUAUCUUAUUUCUCAUAUAAACGCUCGCUGAAGUUGACUGGCUGGGAGGGUGACCCUCUUCACCGGGACAAAGUUUCUCCGUAUAAACGGGACUUAACACUAAUAUGGAAAAAAUUGAAAUGCAUUUUUUCCUCCGUUUUUUUAAAGGAUGAAAUGUCUUUUUUCCACCCUAAUCCGGAAGAAUUGAAAACACAACGCUUUCAAGAAACCAUUAGAUUAUCGUGACGUCAGCGUUUUCGAAAAGUUCCGUUUUCCAAAUGUUUUCCGUCCACACAAAAAAGCAAAGCCGGCGUUUCAAAUUUUUCCACUUUGAUGAGUUUUCCGAAAAAUCCUGAUUAGAGUGGACAGCAGGCCUAACCAAAGGAAAAAGAUGCGUUUUCAAAUUUAUCUGGUGUAGUCUCAGUGGACAGUACCUGAAUGCACAUCGUUCUCAUAUAUUCUAGCCUGUUCCAGGCUCCUACAUAAUGGUUAAAAGUCGUUCAGUAAAAAGAAAUGCGAAAAACGCUGGGGGCAUUUUUCCCGCCGCCACGCCGCCUCCUUUCCCAAGUCGCGUGCGUCUUAUUUUCGCUUUGCUCGUUUUAAUACGUCCCCACUAUCUGAGAGCCUGGCACAGGCCACGUAUAUUCCAAAUUCACCAUUUGAUUUCGUUGUGUAAAUGACACCCCUCCACGUGAAAUCUAAUUCUAACAUUAUGCAGGAUGUUUGUGACAUGAACCCAGCUUAGUAACUUUUGCUUCCACGAGUCUCCCGUAGCUUAGUUAUAGAGCAUUAGGACUAGUAACCAGGCCCCAGUUGGUCGAAAGGUGGAUAACGUUAUCCACUGGAUAAAUCUCUAACCAGUGAAUAACGCAAUUGGUUUUCCUAAUACUUAUCCACUGGAAUUAACAAUUAUUCCUCGAGCCCGACGGCCUCAUGGGCUAUUGACUCAGAGGACACGAGGACGAGAGGAAUAAUUGUUUUAGUAGAAUCCAACUAGUUGGUCAAAAAUAUCGAGACAAAACAACUAUAGCUAGCAAAACGCGAUUCAGCCGCCAUUGUAUUGGCUUUUAAAGCCGGCGCUUUUUGCUACUAGUGAGCUAUAACAUAUAGCUUAGUAGUAGCUCCACCAAUCAGAACGCAGCAUUGAUAAUAGACCACUAGUUGGAUUUGACUAAAACGAUUUAUCCGGUAGAUAGCGCUAUCCAUGACCUUUUGUCCCCUGUUGUUCAAACGUUAGGUUCAACUCCUAUCGGGCGAACUCGAAUUUCGUCUUUUACGAGUCAUGUGAGGUGAAACUGAUAUAAAAAGCAUAAUUCUCAAUCAGCUUAUUAUCUUUUCUGUUGCAGGGAUAUAAUUCGUGGACUCAAGGUCUGUAUGGCUACUCCUGGGACAUGAUGGUGCAUUCAUGGAGUACUCAGCAUGUUAGGGUUAAAGUAGUGGACCAGGUGUCAGGAGAGGUCACUUUUAUAAGGCCCACGGUAUGUCAAUUAGGUGACAUGAUCCACGUUUCAGUAUCGUCUAACACUUGCUCAACAAAUGUUAGCCGAUUAGCAGGCUUUUCAAUGACCAAACGUUACAUUCAAGAUUUUGUGUCCUGAACAAUUGUUGGUCAUUAGUAGUUAAACAGCGCGUUGCUACGUGUUAUUGCGGGCGACGAGAGGAGCCCGCAAUCCUAAUCUCUAGGUUGUUGUUACGCAUGCGUCGCAUGUAUGUAGCCAGCAUUCGUUUGGACUUCCAGUAAGAAUGUUUCGAAUGCACAGAACGCGCUUUGAUCAAGCGCGUUUGUACCUUCUAUCACUCGUAAUCUGAUCACGCGUGUUAUGACCAUCUUUCACGUGAACCCUACGCAAAGCACAGCGCCGGAGCAAAAGCGUUUUGACUUUCUAUCGUUGUUACCCGCACUCCGUCAUCUUUGGUUAUUACCUAAUUUAUAUUUAACAUUAGUAUUCUGGUUUUAAGUUCACAUGAAAAGUAACACAAGCUAAGUAAACAGAAGAACAAGAUGGCAUAAUAAAGAAAUGCAUACUGUUGUCCUCUCAACACAUGACGGGGUACACAGCCCUAUGGCAAGUUAUGCGCACAAAUAACACAUAGCUUCAAUUAAAACCACACUACCAUGGAGUAGGACAAGAGUUAUGGCAUAGCAUUGCUUUUAUAUGUAGAAAGUGUCCCCCCAAAAAAUCGAAACUUAAAUUAGAGCGUAAUGCCAGCUUUCUGGGACAUGGAAUAGGCACAACCGACUGAGGUGGUCGACACUCAACUGAGAUGGGGGACUAUAUCAGCAGUCUCUAAAAAGAAAAAAAAAACCCAUUUGGCGGAUUUCAAUCCAGAGCUCUGGUAAAGUUUCGAUUCUUUGUGGAAUUUUUACAAUUAAAUCCAUUUGCUUAUUAUUUGUUUUAAGGCGUGGCUAAGAGAAGGAAGGAUGAGACGCUGGAAUUCUCAUCCAGAUAUGAUCAAACAGUAUGUAAACUGUAUGGCUGAAAAGCUUAAAGCCUUCAAAGAACUCAAUAUCACUGAGCCAGCGAUCUACCUGGACGUGUGGCGAUCAAUGAACAAACGUUUUCAACAGCGUAUGGUCGAUCCCACCGUAGACAUCGUGAAGGCUCCAUGGUCGCCAUGGAAACACACCCCUUGGAUGCUGCCAUUACUUACAGAGCUUUCACCAUGGCGCGAAAAGUUGGCUCAGAUAAGAAAGGAGUUGAAAGAGAAGUCAAAUUUUAGCGAAAUAACGUUUGUUUCUGAUUUUCCUGGCCUUUUCUUGGAAAAUUUUGUGGCUGAAGACCUUAACACGUCGUUAACUUUGUUACAUGGUAGGAGUUAAAUGCUUUUUGGGAAAUGAUAUGUUUGCCUACCACAAAGUUUAGCAAUGCAACUCGAAGAGGACAGAGUAAAAAUAAUUGUUGUUGCUGGAAAUAUUUGAAUGUCGUAACUGUUCAUGAGAAGGACUGAUGACUAAAAUGUGUGCAAUUCUACAACUAGUUUCGGCUUAUUAAAUCCUUCAACAAAUCCUUCAUGCAAUGGCAUGAUAAAUAUUUUCGAUGAACAACUGAAAACUGCUCUGUUUCUCCAAAUGAAGCCAGGUUGUGUGUCGAAGAAAAAGUAAUGCCAUAUCGUGCGAGAACAACUGACCAACCGCAGCGCUUGAAUGUUGAGCAGUAUUCUUUGGUAACUUUCCCCCAAAAUGAAGUUAUAGCGGAGCCCCAAAACUAAGACAAUUUGGUUAUCUGUCCAUCCAAGAAAUUUUGGUGGUCACGUGACCGUUCGUCCGACCAUCCGUCUGAACCACAGGGUAACCAAUGUGAAAUCUCACACGUUCUAGCUAGUGUGAGAGCCUGCAACAUGAUAUUGCAUAUUCAUGUUGUGGUCAAAUAACGGCUGCCAAAACUGGUAUCCACUAACCAGUGUCACAUGACCAUAUCGCGGGCUCAGGUUAUCCUCUGACAAGUAACUAGUUUUCAACUGAUCUCAGGCUCAACUCCAAGUAUAUUUGUAUUUGUUACAAGUUUAUUGUUUUAAGUAAAUUAUAAUUUUAUUAACGGGAGCUUCGCCUUUAGCCUUGGCUAAAUCUAUUUAAUAUAUAUACUAAAACAGUGGAUAGUGUUUUUCGCCCGCUCUGAUUGGCUACUCAACCUCCGGAUAUCCAGUGCUCUACACUGAUUCACCUCCAGUUCCUCCCAGCGAGCGACGCCAAACUCGCGUAAGUUACAAGCAAACUGGCUUCCCGCGGUUUGCUGCCGUAACAAACAGACAAAUUUCACAAAUAAUCAAACAAGCUGUUCCCGAAAUACACGAAACAUGUGACAAAUUCGGUUUGGAAGUUUUAACAGGUAAAGCUUUGUCUGUUUGACUUGAAUUUAUCGAUGAAACCGGUAAAAAAGUUUUUUGUUUACAAAUGCACAUUAUGUCUUGCGCUACCUUAUUCAGCUGACAUGUUCGCAAAUAAGCCUUAAACUAGAUUUAAUAGUUUUUUUACAGAGUGGUUUUAAAUACAAAAAGAAUUCACAUUUCCUUUUGAAGAAAUCUCCCCGCAAAAGCUAAACAAAUGCCUUCAAAAAGUUAUAUUUGUUGGCAAGAAAACGCAACGGCCGCCGCUUUGGUCAUUGCGCGCCAAAAUUGUUAUCGUUGGCAACAGUAAAUGAGUUAAAAAUCAUCAUUUUUGUGCUCAAUUAUCUCACUGUUUUAGUAUAUACUAAAACAAUUAUUCACCUCAGUGUCGGUGGCUUGUGGGAUAUUUACCAAGCCUCGAAGCGGCGAGGUAAAUACCACCACUAGCCACCUCCACUUCGGUGAACAAUUGUUUAAUAUUAAUCUAUUUUCAACUUUUUCACUCUUUUGAGGUUAAACAUCACGGUGAUAGCUGCUGAUGAAGCGCGUUCAUUCAUUUUCUUAGGGCAAGUUAAGGUGGAGUUUAAUAAUGCAAACCACACUGUAAACGUUGGUGAGGAAAUCACUGUGCCAUCAAAUGACACUCACUUGGUAUACACUGUGUCUGAUACGCCAUCAUGUUGGAUGUACAUUUACAUGAAUACGACCGAGUGGAACAACGAGACCAUUAGAAAUUGGAUUCUUUACCCAGGUAUGUUAAAUGUGUUUAUUCAGUUGAAGCAGUUAUGAGAGGGAUGAUACUGAGAAGGCAUGGUUCUAUGCAGUAGAUAAUGGAGACCUUGAGAUUCUAAGACGAGGAUGACUACGACAACGAGAGUUUCUAGGGUGGCUUACUACUGUUUUCAGAUGAAAAAUAUCGACAUUUUGAAAUUGAACCAUUUUAGGGAACUGAAGGCCUCUACAGCGCUGUUAGUAUCUGCAAAUGAUGUAAAAUAUCUUUUUUCCGUCUAACAAAAUUAUUGCGUUGUUUAACGCGAAAUAUAGUGACCGAGCACCCAGAAAGGAGACUAGAAACUAGAUCUUGAAAACCUAGCCGUACAACCCCAUCUCAAAAUUUCAGGAUUUUUUCAGUAGGUAGAUAUAAUUGUUUGUAGAGAAAAAGUAAUAAUAAUAAUAGUAAAACAGAAAAAUCUGUUGGUUGUCUGUGUUUUCUUUCAGUUUCGCUCGUUUCUACUAAGUUAACUUUCAAAGUAUACUAAAUUAUGAAAAACUAGAUCCAACCAGUUCAAUCUUGUCUGAGCGUUGAACCAAGGUAAUCUUGUUCCCAGAUGCCUUGUUGGCGUAGCCAAAGAGAGGUCUGGGUACGAGAUUAGCACCGAGUCGCCCAUAACAUGAGCUGAGAGGGAUUUGAGAUCUCCAAACAUAUGAGUAGAAGUUUCCCGUCUACAAUACAAUACAAUACAAUAAGAGUUUAUUGUGAAAAUACACUUAGCUACAAUAAUGGUGUGCUUUCACAUACGGAACCGAAAUCGGGGUCAGUGAAAGCACGCCAGCUAAUUUACAGGUAUUCCACAAACACAAUAAAAUUAAGAGUUAAAAAACUAGAUAUGGAAUAUUCUAUAAUUAAAAUUAUAACAAUAAAAUCUUAAUAACUAUAUCUUAUAUCUAAAUAAAUACUAAAUUCAAUAAAAAAGCGUCGAAAUUAUAAAAAUUGCACUAAGUCAACUUGGCUAAUGGAUCUCUUAAAAGACUUAAAAUUCGUUAUAUUUCUAAACGUGUUCGGAAUUGAAUUCCAGAGUUUCGGACCAAUAUAACGGACAGAGUUCAAGCCAUAUGUAGUAGACUUUGGCUUGGGUAGCGAGAGGAUACAGUCACCUCUUAAAUUGUAGCUAACGUUCUUCCUUUUUUGAAUAAUUAUUUGUCUUAUUUAAUCCAUAGAAACAAUUCCGCAGAGACAGGAAUAUAAAUUGUUAAAGGAAAACACAACCCGUUUGGAGUUGCUUAAAGCGUUUGUGGCCAAUAAAUACUUCAUAUUCAGACAAAGUUUUGUAAACACAUACUACGCUCUGACCCAUUUGACCCUCGGGAUUGAAGAACCGAUGGAGGACGAAGAGGAUGAUUCCACUGCCGCGGAGACUGGGUACGAAGCAGAUAAGAAAACAGAUGAUGGAAACACCUUAUCUAGUGCUGACGACACAGGUCACGUGGCUGAUGAACCACGUGACAAAGCCACUGGCCAGGAAAGCGAUCAUCACAAACAAGAACUUUGAAAAGAUUUCUAAUCAUGCACUUAGUCCAAUAACUAAUAUGGUUUAGAGUCCUAUUUCAAGUGUGGUUUUUAUUUAAAGGAGUUGUGUCACGAGAUUUAUCACAAUUCAGAUUUGUGGGAACCUCCACCAAACUAAGUGAAACAGGAAAAUAACUACCCAGAACGUAAAAAGAAGGUAGAAAUAACACAACAAAUGUAAAAGGAAGAACGGAUGGACAAACUUGAAAAACACUGAAACGG